UACUGCUUCUUAUAGAUUGGUCGGGGUUGGGAGAAGAAAAAGGGCAAGGUGGAGGGGGCGGAGAUGGGGCGGGAGGAGGCGCUGCAGAAGAGCCUGGUGGCGCUUGCCGCGCUGAUGGCCGUCGUCGGGAUCUGGACCUUCUCCCUCAAGAAGAUGCUGACCACCUACGCCUUCGGGAUCCUGGGGAUCGCCGGGAUUCUCUUGCCCGACUGGGAGUACUUCGACCGGGACUUCUCGCAGUGGUUCACGCCCAUGCCCGCUCGGAGAACCCCGGCCACCGAUCGGGCUCCCGGCAGCUGGAGAUUUAAGUUAUACCCUAUAAGGGUGGCAAUGAUCACCCUGAUCUACAGCUUUGGUCUGUACAAGUGGUGGAUGUUCGUGUCAAGCUAGUCCCUCAGCUUGCUAGCUUAUGAGGUGUCUACAAUGCCUAAUGUUGUUUCUCUUUCCAGAUACUGCAUCUUUUAUAACCUUCCUUUUCAUUCUUUGGUUUCAACAGGAGUGUUUUAGGAUCAGGCCAUGUUGUUCUUAUUUUAAUUAUCGUGCAUCAGGAUUUGCCCCUAAGAAGACAUGCAAUCCAGUUUUAGUUGAACAAUGUUAUAUUGUGACCCUGGCUUCGCAUCACAACAAAUUGAUGUUUUUGGCUUGUUUGUUUUCCUUUUCUUCUUCAUUAUAAUCCUUGCACUCGAGCCCAGUGGAGGACUUGGCUCAUUAUGAUGAUGUAGCAGAUAUCUUUCCCAAAGCUGGCUUAACUGGAGUGCUUCUCUGCUACGAGCACCGGGUUUGUAAAGGAACUCAGGAUCAUUUCAUAUUAGAUACAACUUGAGGUAAUAACAUCAGGUCUGUAGCUUUCUUGUGCCA